AUGAUGGAGGAGGAAAUAUGGAAAUGGUGGGAGGAGGAACCGAAGUAUGAAGAUGGCAUCAAAUGGACGUCCCUGAGACACAAUGGUCCAGCAUUUCCUCCCCCCUAUGAACGACUGCCCGACAAUAUCAAGUUUUAUUACAAUGAGGAGACUGUGACACUCAAUUCGGAAGCAGAAGAGGUUGCCAGCCUUUAUGCCAAAAUGCUGGACCAUGCGCUGACCAAAGAUGAGACCUUUUGCAAAAACUUCUUCACUGACUGGAAGGACAUUAUGUCACCGGAGGUGAAGGAGAUCAUUACUGCUUUGGAUCAAUGUGAUUUUAGAGAGAUGGCUGCCUACUACAAAAGAAAGAAAACCAAUGAAAAAGUACAACAGGAAUUUGGCUAUUUUUUCUUGGAUGGCCACAAACAGAGAAUUGGGAACUAUAACAUCAGCCCCCCUAGCUUGUUUGUUGGAAGGAACUCACCCAACCGGGGAAAGCUGAAGAAGAAGAUCCUGCCAGAAGAUGUCACCAUCAACUGCAGCGAGAAAGAGAUUCCUGAGCCCCCGUCAGGACACCGCUGGGGACAAGUUCAGCAUAACCCUGCAGUUAUUUGGCUGGCCUCUUGGAAAGAGAGCCCCCCGGGAAAAGUCAAAUACAUGAUGCCACAUGCCAGCUCUAAACUGAUGGGAGAAAAGGACUGGAAGAAGUAUGAAGUUGUCCGAAGCCUGAAGCACCACAGAGACCAGAUUCAGGAACAGUACCGCAAGGACUGGGAUUCUGAGGACAAGUCGCUGCGGCAGCGGGGGGUUGUGCUUUACUUAAUUGACAAGUUUGGAUUCAGAGUAGGUAAUAAAACUAAAGAAGGGAUGACGGCCAAUACUUUUGGGUGCUGCUCCCUCAGAGUGAAGCAUGUGACACUACAUGAAGACCAGAAAGGAGAAACAAAAAAGGUCGAGUUUAAUUUCAUGGGUAAAAGUUCCGUCCUAUACAAAAAAACAGUGCCAGUGGAAGAGAAGGUGUUUAGGAAUCUCCAGCAGUUUAAGGAGGAGAAGGGGGAGAGAGGUGAAGCGGAUUUAUUUGAUCAAGUGAAUUUCCAGGUGCUGAAUAUGUAUCUUAAAGGUUUAAAGAAGGGCUUGACAACAAAGGUCUUUCGAACACUCAAUGCCUGCAUAACAAUGGAACAGCAACUGAAAAAUCUCACUGAUCAUCACAUCAAGAACAAGGUCUCGUUCUUCAACGAAGCCAACAGAAAAGUCGCAGAACUCCUCAACCACCAGCGGACAAAAACGGAACUGCGUUGCUUUGAGCUACAAGAUCAAAUUGAGGCCAGCAGAGAUGAACUUUCUAUGUUAAAGAUAAAGCUAGAGCGAGCCACGCAAGACAGCAACACAGAAGAGCUCAGGAAUGAUGUGAAGAGAAAAGAAGACGAACUGAGGAAAUUGGAUGUGAAGAGCAGGAUGGAGGAAAACAAGCAGCUAAACUUGAACAGCUCCAAACUGUACUAUAUAGACCCAAGGAUCAUUGUGGCAUGGUGUAUAAAAUGGGGAGUUCCAGUGGAGGAAAUCUACACCGAAGCCCAACGUGAUAAAUUUGCCUGGGCCAUUCACAUGAACAAUGAGAACUUUGAAUUCUAG